UCCGCUCUGAGGUUUAAAGGAGUAAGGAAACACCUGCUCCUCACAACCACCGACGCAGGGCGAAGAGAUCACGCUUACGAGCUUUCAUGUUAAGACUGUUUUGGAUAACUCGUUUCACAACAUGUGCCCGACUAAAGAAGCCCCAUUGCUCUCAAGGACACGUUGUGUUGGCGGUCUUCCAAGGUUACGGUGAAAUUUGUUGAAAUUGUUGAAUCCAAGGUUACUAUGAAAUGUUCCCUCUUUGUUAUGACUUUUACAUCACCAGGGAGCCAGUGGUCUAGCAGUCUGACUGGCCUAUAAGAGAGGGCCUGGCUGUCCGUGCAGCACUGGCAGAGACUGAAGGCGACGUGUUUCGUGAGCGUUCGUUCCGUGCGAGUGUGUGUCCCCGCGUCCCAGCUCCUAUGGAUCUGUUGUCUCUGUGCGAGCGCUCCAUGACUCCGGUGCGUCUGGACCCAGGCAUGGCUAGCCUCGUCGCAUCCGCCUCCCGGAACGCCACAGCCGUGUGGUCGGAGGGCGUCUCCUUAGCAACCAGCGCCCUCCUGUUGUUCGUCUGUGUGCUUGUGGCCAUCUGGAGCCACUCCGAGAAGACCUCUGUACCCGGUCCUUCGUUCUGUCUGGGAGUAGGGCCCCUGCUGUCCUACCUGAGGUUCAUCUGGACGGGGAUUGGCACAGCCAGUAACUACUACAACAACAAGUAUGGGGACAUUGUCAGGGUCUGGAUCAACGGGGAGCAGACCCUCGUACUCAGCAGGUCGUCUGCGGUGUACCACGUCCUGAAACAGAGCCGCUACACCUCACGUUUCGGCAGCAAGCAGGGCCUCGCGUGCAUCGGCAUGGACGGCAGAGGGAUCAUAUUCAACAGCAACGUAACUCUGUGGAAAAAGAUACGCACCUUCUUCGCUAAAGCGCUGACUGGACCAGGGCUGCAGAGGACGUUGGACAUAUGUGUGUCGUCCACUCACACACACCUGGACGGUCUGAGGGAACUGCAGUCCACACAGCCUGACGGAGGGGAACGUGACGCUGCGGGCCAGGUGGAUGUUCUCAGUCUGCUACGCUGCACUGUGGUGGACAUCUCCAACAGGCUGUUCUUGGGAGUGCCUCUGAAUGAGAAAGAGCUACUGCGGAAAAUCCUGAAGUAUUUUGAAACAUGGCAGACGGUGCUGAUCAAACCAGACAUCUACUUCAAACUGGGCUGGAUUCACCAAAGACACAAGAAAGAAGCCCAGGAGCUGCAAGAUGCUAUUGAGAGUCUGAUAGAGCAAAAGAGGAGGGCUCUGCAAGAGGCGGACAAACUGGAUGACAUUGACUUCACAGCAGACCUCAUAUUUGCACAGAGUCAUGGGGAGCUGUCUGCAGAGAACGUGCGUCAGUGUGUGUUGGAGAUGGUGAUCGCUGCUCCAGAUACUCUGUCCGUCAGCCUGUUCUUCAUGCUGCUGAUCCUCAAGCAGAACCCAGACGUAGAGCUGCAGAUUCUAGAAGAGAUAGACGCCGUGAAAGGUGACCGGGAGCUUGAGAACUGCGACCUGCCGAAGCUCAGAGUCCUGGAGAACUUCAUUAACGAAUCCCUGAGGUUCCAUCCUGUGGUGGACUUCACCAUGCGCAAGGCGCUGUCUGAUGAUGUCAUAGAUGGAUACAGAGUGCCAAAGGGGACAAACAUCAUUCUCAACAUGGGCCGCUUGCACAAGUCAAACGAGUUCUUUCUGAAGCCCAAGGAGUUCAGUUUGGACAACUUUGAAAAAAAUGUUCCUAGUCGGUACUUCCAGCCUUUUGGCUCAGGCCCACGCUCCUGUGUUGGAAAACACAUCGCCAUGGUGAUGAUGAAAUCCAUCCUGGUGACACUGUUGUCCCGAUAUUCUGUGUGCCCUCAGAAGAGUGUGACACUGGACUGCAUCCCACAGACCAACAACCUCUCUCAGCAGCCUGUGGAAGAAGAGAGGGAAGCUCUCAAAGUGAUGUUUAUACCACGUCACACAACCAGGAAGUUGUCAUAACUGUCCCAGAGCCAGUCUCAGCCCCUGGUGUUGUUUUGUAUGUAUUAGUUUUACUGUUUUAUCUAUUUUGUUAUAUUAUUUGUAUUAUAACGUUUUGUAAAUGUAAAUUAUACAUUCCAGAAGCAACCGUAGACACAGUCCCUCAAAGUGACUGUUGUAAAAAUUGUCGCAAAUAAAUGUAAGUUAUU